UAUUGAGUGAAGUAGAAGUAGAAAAUAAAGAAAACAGAAAACCGUGUAGUAGACGACUUUUUUGCCAUUGCAGCAUCUUCCCCACCAUCUCCGGUGUCCACAGUCUUCCCAUCACUAUCUCAUCUCUCUCUCUUUCUCUUUCUCUACUCCAUUAUUAACAACAACAACACAAAAACUUUCACCAAAUUAUGGCCGAUAAAAUACAUCCUUCCGCUAAACAACCCGCCGGAAUCGCAACCGCCACCGGAAACGGCGGAAACAUUACCUUUCCGGCAACCAAAUCUCAAAUCUACAACAACACUCGUCCAGUCUACCGUCCUCAACCACACCGCAACCGCCGCCGCAGCUGCUGCUGCCGUUUCUGCCUCUGGCUCACCUUCAUCCUCCUCAUCCUAAUCAUCCUCGCCGCCGUCGCCGGCGGCAUCUUCUACGUCAUAUACCGUCCACACCGCCCGUCGUUCACCGUCUCAUCGCUUCAAAUCUCUCAAUUCAACCUAACUUCAUCAAAUCACCUAAACAGUAGGUUCAACUUCACCGUAACCGCUCGAAACCCUAACAAGAAGAUCGAGUUCGAUUUCAAUCCGGUUUCCGUUUCAAUCGAUUCGAAAGGAAGUGACGUCGGUGACGGAUCUAUACCGGCGUUCUUCAUGCCGAAGAAGAACACGACGAAAUUGAAGGCGGUUGUGGCGGCUAGUGGAAGAAGUGUGGAUGAUAAUAGUGGAUUGAAAUCAGAUCUGAAGGAUAAGAAGAGUUUGCCGUUAUCGAUUCACCUUGAUACGAAGAUUAAAGUGAAGAUCGGAAGCUUGAAGACGAAGAAGGUGCCGGUUAGGGUUGUUUGUAACGGAAUUAGGUUUACGGCGCCGGUUGGUAAGACGGUGGCGACGGCGAGUACUUCCGGUGUGAAAUGUAAGGUGGAUCUUAGGAUCAAGAUCUGGAAAUGGACGGUUUGAGAUUUUAUGAAUUUGUUUUACUUGUCAUGAUUUUUUUUCUUAUGGUAUAACUAUUUUUUUUUUUUUUUUUUGUUAAUUUUAGUUUGGGGUAUGCAGUUUUUGUUACAUGUGACAGGAUAAUGUGUAUUUAGUGAUUUACAACUUUAAUAUUGUGUAUUUUUGUUAAGAGCAUAAGAGUGAUUUUGAAUGUGUUUUA